AGUCAGGGGUUGGUGACAAAGUCGUAGUUGCCGCCACCUCCCUCCAACCGUCGCCCGUCGGCCAGACUCCAAAGUCCAAUCCCAUUCCGCACCCCAUAUUUUACUAAUCAAUGCAAUUUGCCAACCUCACCUAACGAAACCCAUCCCUGCUAUCAAUCCUAUUGAUUCCCCUUCCCAUAUUUCUUCCUUAGUUCACUUCGUUAGUUUGCGUCUCCUACUCUCUUUAAAGCCACUUUUGACUGGUGGUGAGUUGUUCGUCUGUAACACUGCCUCCCAACUUCCACCACCAGCCUCAAUUGCUAGGUAGGAUAUACCCUAAUCCCAAAAAGCAAAGAAACCUCCUUCGUCUGUCUCUGUCAAUCAGUUUCUGGGUUUUUACCAAAGGCGAAGGAAAGAACAGUUGACCUGAGGAGAUGAGCGGCGAACAGAAGGUGUUCACUUUGGCCGAGGUCUCUGAGCACAACACCGCCAAGGACUGCUGGCUGGUCAUCGAGGGCAAGGUAUACAAUGUGACAAAAUUUUUGGAAGACCAUCCUGGUGGUGAUGAGGUUUUGCUGCAAUCAACAGGGAAAGACGCGACAGAAGAUUUUGAAGAUGUCGGGCAUAGCACCAGCGCAAGGGCGAUGAUGGACGAGUUCUACAUGGGGGAAAUCGACUCUUCUACCAUCCCAACCAAGGUCAACUACACAGCUCCUAAGCAGCCUCACUACAGCCAGGACAAGACCUCCGAGUUCCUCUACAAGCUCCUCCAGUUCUUAGUCCCCCUCCUCAUUUUGGGUGUGGCUUUCGGCAUUCGCUUAUAUGGCAAAUCACCCUCUUCUUAAGGACUACGUAAAGAAAAGGCUCCUGUGGAUCUAAUCAAUCCCCGUGCUCUGCUGUUACAGAUUAGAAGGUGAUUGUGGCUCCUAUCAGUGCUUCGGGUUUCAUGUGUUCUUUUAGGAAUCUUUUUUUCCCGUUUAUGAUCUUGUACUGCUGCUAUCCCUCCUCCUUUUGCUUUGACAUCAGAAACUGGUUCGGACUCUAUUGGGAAUUCGAGAUUACCAUCUGGCAGCGUUCUUCAACGCAAUAGGCUUUUGUUCCGCGUUAGUUAUGUUUGUUGAGAGCUGAAUAAGGUGAAGGUAAAUAACCAUGAUGCUGAAGUGAGCUGACUAAAGUUUGUUGAGAGCAACAUGCUACACUUAACACGAAGUAAAGAAACCAUGAUGCUGAAAUGAGCUGAAUAAGAAGUUUCCCCUGAACCAAGAUGCAGGGAAGACUUUCUUGUCGAGUCGUUGAUAUUGUAAGGAUUAGUCAUAUAUCUCAACCAAGAAAACCAUAAAUAUUAA